GACCCACGGCGGCGGCAAGUAAAGUCGCGGAUAUCGACCGUAGAUGUUGUUGAUGCAAACGGUAACCAUGGGUGACUCGGUCCGGUUGACCAAUUGCAGUCUUCACGGUGGCCGUACCCGACCAAUCGGCUGGCGGUACGCUGCCGGUUUUUUGAUUGGGCGAUACCGGGGAUAAGAGACCAGUUCGAGGCCAUCGGGACCCACAAAUGGACGUGGACACAUCAAGUGGAGAACAUCGGCUUGCUGCGGUGCCAAGUGCCCGUCGUCAUCGUCAUCGUCGUCGUCGUGGUUCCUCAUCGUCCUCGCCGUCCAAGUUGAACUUCGUCGCUGAGCACCUCGCUCUUCUCGUCGUGUAACCUUCGGAUACCGAUUCGGAUUUUGUGCAUAUCUCCCUCGGUUAUCAGCGCCGAGUCUCCUGUACAGGCGGAAAGCUGGCAUUGAUCGCGGAGUAAUUUACCUCUGUGUCAAGGGCCGAGUGCUGAUUCACCGCAGAGGCUGCAGAAGCGAACAUCAUUAUCGGAAUAAUGAAGAGAGAAGCCGAGGCUGGCGCCAUGACAGGUUCCGGGGGUCCGAUCAGCCCCCACAAGCGGUAUCGACAGGGUGACGAUGAACUCCGUCUUCUCAUCCCGAGUAAGGUUGCCGGUUCGAUAAUCGGCAAGGGUGGCCAGAACAUCACGAAACUCAGGAGUCAGUACAAAGCCUCAAUCAUUGUACCCGAUUGCCCCGGACCCGAACGGGUGCUUACCAUCAGCUCGGACCUGCCUACCGUUCUGCAAGUGUUGAACGAGGUCGUACCUAAUCUGGAGGAGACUCGCUUUCAGAACGGCUCUCGCCAUGGCAGUGAUGAGAUCGACGUACGCAUGCUGGUGCAUCAGAGCCAGGCUGGAUGCAUCAUCGGCAAAGGAGGUCUGAAGAUCAAGGAGCUCCGCGAGAAAACCGGAGCCAGAAUCAAGAUCUACUCGAACACCUGUCCCCGCAGCACGGAUCGCCUCAUCAGCAUCUGCGGGAAACCAACGACGUGCAUCGAAUGCAUACGCGAGUUGAUCGCUACUAUUAAGACAUCACCGCUGAAGGGUGUGAACAACCCUUACGAUCCUCACAACUUCGACGAUUUUUACGCUGAAGACUACGGCGGCUAUGGCAACGCUGAAGGUGGUCAGGGUAAAGUCGGCGGAUUUGGUGGUCCUGGUGGCCGCGGAGGUGGCGGUGGUGGCGGCGGCGCCGGAGGCGGUGGUGGUGGUGGAAUGCCACUGAGACGCGACAAUCGUGGCGGCGGUCCGGGCGAGAUGAAUCGCGGCUUUCCUCCACCACCUAGAGGCGGCCCACGUGGCGGAGGCGGCGGUGGCGGCGGCGGUGGCGGCGGAAUGUCCGGUGGUCCACCCGAUCGCGGAUACGGCGGUAACUCGCGUGUAGGCGGCGGUGGCGGCGGUGGUGGCGGAGGAGGAGGUAGCUACGACAGCGGCCGCGGAGGUGGUGGCGGUGGGUACGGCGGCGGAAACCGCGGCGGACCGCCACCCUACGGCGGCGGAAAUUACAACGGUGAUGGAUGGGGAAUGCAGGGAGGCGCACCCAAUGGUUUGGGUGGUGGCGGUAAUGCGGGAAUGGGCAGUGGUCCACCUAUGGGAGGAAACAAUCAAGGCAAUCAGGGAAAUAUGAGUGGAAACAAAACCAGUACUCAAGUCACCAUUCCUAAAGACUUGGCCGGAGCCAUAAUCGGUAAAGGCGGUGCGAGGAUCAGAAAAAUCAGAUCCGACAGUGGUGCUGGAAUAACCAUAGACGAGCCGUUGCCCGGCAGUAAUGAUCGUAUCAUUACGAUCACUGGGAUUCCCAGUCAGAUACAAAUGGCCCAGUACCUGUUGCAGCAAAGCGUGCACGAGAAUGCGGAUCAUCAUUAUUUCACGGAUUGUCGUUCGGUAGCUUCAAUUUAUAGCGAGAAGGAUCGUUGGAUACCCGUGAACAGUCCCAACGGAAUCAAUCCAGACCCGCCGAAGUCCACACGGGAAUCGCAGUUUCCCUUAUGUUUGAUCUUGAUGAAACGUGCAGGGAAUGAUUUAUCGAGAGCUGUCACGUUCAGCGCUAAAUGCGUGUUCCAUCAAAUUUGUCAAGCUUUUAAGAAUAAGGGCAUCUAUAAGCUUCCAAUUUCUUACGAGAAAAUUAGCUCUAAUAUUCUAAAUAAUGAAAAGUGGUUGUUGACCAGAGAAAUUACUUGCGUUCUACAAUACGUUCAGUCAUUCGGUGGAUCUUGUGGCACACACUGGUUUGAUUUUGUUGUCUAUAAACGUAACGCACGGUGGCUUUUUAGGAACAUGAAGAUGUACGGCGAGAAGAAACAUAGAUUGAAACCUGGUAAGACAUUGAUAUCAGUAACGGCAAUUAUUCUUUCUUCGUGUGAAACUAUAAGACUGUGUAUACAUUAUGAUACUGUAGGAUGCCAUAAGUCUUUAACACCUUGCAUGAGGAAAAGUCUAAAGUGGUGUUACGUUUUCUGCAAAAAUACGAAUCUCCAUGACUUUCGCUAUACAUCGAUAAACAGAUCGUCAAAAAUCGAGCGUUUGUUUUGGUUUGUGGCUCGCGUGUUUGCUAUUGUGUUUUGCGUUGUACUUAUGCAACGUUUGUGGCAGAAUUAUGCAAGACAUCCAAUAGCAACAAUCGUCGACAAAUCGAAUCCGAUAUGGAACCUAUCGUUUCCAGCUGUCACCAUAUGCAACAAUAAUAAAGUUUAUCGCCCUCAUGCCGACAUUAUCACGAAAAGCUUGUAUAUGAAUGGAUUCAGCACGGACGAGAGCGACAAAUUUUUUUCCUCUCUUAUAAAACUGAUACGGCCCGAUACAAUUUCAAUUGAUAACAUAACCGCUAGUCAAGUUCUCGAUAAUCUUAAUAUGACAGUGGAAACGCUUAUGUUAAAGUUGAUGCAACCUUGCAGCUCGUUGCUAGUCAGGUGCGCUUGGAUCGGAAAAAUCCACGAUUGCAACAAGCUUUUCAAAACGGUGGCGUCCAAGGAAGGUUUCUGUUGCGCUUUCAACUCUCACUAUUCCAUGAACAUCUUUAACAGUGACACAUAUGAUUCGAAGCCGAAAGCUGUGAAUAACUUCGCUGAACUCGAGCUUAACUCCGAUGAUCUGCUGAACGUGAACGAGAUCUUGGUGUAUGGUAUUCGUUCGCAGAAGGUUCCAGGAAGUGGUCGCGACCUGGGGCUUACGGUUGCCUUGAACAUCGAGGGUGACAUGUACAAGGCUAGCUCGCGCCCUUAUAUAGGAGCUACCGUUCUGAUAAACGAUCCGAUCGAUUUCCCUGAUGUCGGUACGCACAUUACAUCUGUCAAACCUGGUCAUGUUCUCGCGAUAUCCGUCGCCGGGUUUUUCACCAACGGCAUAGACGACUUGCGGACCCUUCCUCCAGAGACACGCAAGUGCUUCUUCGAUAACGAGCCACCGGGUAGCAUAAAUUACAGCUAUCAGUCAUGCAUGUCACAGUGCGUAGCCGAAUAUACACAGCGCUUGUGCAAUUGUUUACCGUUUUAUUAUCCAGAAAAACAUAAUGGAGUAAGGACGUGUUACCUACCCGACCUCAAUUGCCUCUUGAACAUCCGAAAAUCGAUACCGAGUUACAUGGACACUUGCUUGAAGUGCCUGCCACAGUGCACAGACCUCAAGUACCAAAUCAAUAUAGAAAAUAUCAAAAUGGACGAUGUGGGCUAUGAUUCCGACAUAACACGCGGCUUGAACGUGCACAACAUAUCUUUCUUAUACGUAUACUUUGACGAUGCGUCAUACGAGGAGUUUCGCAAAGAGAGCAACAUCAACUGGGAUGCGCUAAUCGCAUCCUUCGGCGGAAUCUUCAGUCUCUGCCUCGGCGGUUCCGUGUUGAGUGUGAUAGACUUCAUCUAUCUCCUGGUAAAGCAGUUCUUGAAAAAACAGCGCCGCAAAAGGCCAGAACAGUCGCUCGCGAGUCUGCCGCCGGCAUCGGAAAUGUUCCUAUCGAUUCCCGUCGAAAAAAUUCAGCUGAAACGACGAAACCAGCAGGAAACGAAUGACAAGCGUGUUUUUGUCACUUGGGAGCAGUCGACCCUCCAACGGCGUAAAACAACAAUGAAACUCGACGAAAUACAUCGCAAACGCGGCAAGUUUUAAAGGCUUCCUUUGGAGCGUGCUUUAAUGCAAUUAUAAUUCUAAAGCUACGUUCAUGAACGGCGCGCACUACCCUAGCGUAAAGGAAUAGAAAAAUAUUGCUAAUACACAAUUUUAUAUAUAUAUAAAUUAUAUUACAUAUGACUAGACAGUAUAUAUAUC